ACAAGGUACCGUUAUUCCCUCGGAUCGUUGAACCGCUCCUCCCGAGACGCCACGGUAGUAUAGCCACGUACACCUCGCAGCACCUACCUCUAAAAGCGGCGAUAAAUCUAAACGCGCUAUUCUUAGAAAAAGAAUUAAAUAAUUGCGUUUCUUUUAGAAGAGGGAAGGACGCUGCUGUGGAGUGGACCGCGGGAGGACGUCGGCGGGAUGCUCGGUUAUCGAGGCACGGAUUUAAAGGGAAAUCGACAUCGACUGAGGAAGGAAUUUUAAUACACAGCGGAGGACUUGUAUCAAUGUGAAAUGCAAUCGGGGUCGUGGCUGUCGUGGUGUCUCCCCCUGGACAGUGUCUCAUUUUUCCAGUGGAAUUGCCCGCAGUCGAAGAGCCGCGCCAUGCCUGAGACGGAAAAAUUCAUAUCGAAGGAUCGGGAGAAGGCGAAAACGAGGAACGAAGGUCCUGCCCGGAAGAGGAAGUCCGUUUUCGUGGCAUAUGUAUUUUGGCUCUUUGGGGGAGUAUUUGGAGCCCAUCACGUUUAUCUGGAAAGGGACGAUCACGCAUUCGUGUGGUUCUGCACUUUAGGCGGGUAUUUCGGGAUCGGAUGGCUCAGGGACCUCUUCAAGAUCCCAGGAUACGUGGCGGAUGCUAACGAGGAUCCCGAGUACCGCGAGUGGCUCAAGACACGAGUCAGGGCGAAUAGAAAGCCUCCCUUCUCAGUGGUGCGCUUCUUGGGAGCUCUGGUGGUCUCCUACGUCUGGGGUCAGCUGGUGUACAUAGCCAUUCCCGAGGACGAGGUCCAUGGAAUUAACUUCCGGCCCCUCAUCAUCUUCAUUCCUGCCGCAGUUGCUUUAGGCACAUGGGUAGUAGGGAAUAUCGGCAGAGAGCAGGGCUCGAUCUGGCUCCCACUUUUGACGGCGUACUGCUGUUAUCCCACCUUGUAUUAUAUCGGGGACGACAGUACCUGGAUGGGACUGAUGGUGACGACGACCGCCUUCGUCUUCGACAGCUUCUCCAAGGAGUGGAGGCUGAGGCCUCGAAAAAAGAGGAGCCUCCCUCGGAGGCUGGCGAUCCUCCUCCUGGCCUCGGUAAUUUACCUCUCUCUCUGGGGUAGCUAUUUUUACUUCAACGCCACCAUCACCGACAGCGAGGGAGAGGAGAUCAAGAUCUCGGAGGCCGUUAAGCACUUCCUCACCUCGCCGAUUUGGUUGGACCUCAAGACGAACCUGGAGGAGGCCUGGCGACAGGUCAGGCAUCAAGGAUUCUGGGCGACCUGGGCGCAGCUGGUCGACUUGACGGAUCCACGAGGGGAGAUAAACGCCUACAGGGUGUUGGAGCUGUCGCAGACGUCGUCGCAGAGCGAGAUCACGGCGAAGUGGAGGGCCCUCUCGAGGGAGCACCACCCGGACAAGGUAAAGGGCUCCGAGGAGGAGAAGAGGAGGGCCCAGGAGAAGUUCAUGGAGAUUCAGCAGGCGUACGAGAUCUUAUCGAGCGCGAGGAACCGCAGACAGCGGCGAAACCGCAGGACGGAGUGAUCUUCAGGGACCGACGCUACCUACGGAUUACCCCUUUCCGUGUUUCCCCUACAUCGUUGACGAUAUUUAUAUAUAAUAACAUAGUCUUUAUUA